AAGCUCACUGUCGAAACGAAUAGAUCUAAGAGCGACACUUUCAUUUGUAAAUUUGUAGAAAAAAGUAUAGUUGGAAAAACAAGAGAGAAUUUGUGUAUUUAUGUAAUUUUUGUAGUUUUUACCGCGUUCGAAAAAUAAUUAAUUGUGAAAAUUCAAAACACCCGUUCUUUUUGUGUGCGCAGAAAGAGACUGAGAACAUUUUUGUGCAAAUCGCGGUAUUUUGCACCCACGCAGCUAUUGGCCACUCUAGCCCUACACUGUUGCAUUUGCAUCUGCCCCCACAGCCCCUGCGGAAAAAGGAAAAUAUCUGAGCAUCCAUAAAAUGCCAACCAAAUGGUAGGCUAACACCCAGGCAGCUGUACAUUCAGAACGUUUGAUUCGGGACGCAGUCAGCGACAGGAAGCGCGCGAGCGAGCCGAGGAGCAGCAACAAACGAGCAGCAGCAGGAGGUAAGCGACGCUAAACGCGGACAUGAACGACGAACUUGUGCGGGAGCAGCGCAGCUGCGAGGAAUCCGUCUCACCCAAAACUGCACCGACGGCCGCGGCAGCGUCGAUGACGUUGGCCUCGGCAGCCUUGGAAUCGCACAGCAUGGCUGUGCAGUCGGGCGGCGGAGCUGGAGCUAGUGCUGGUGCCUCGAUGGGAUCGGUCCACCAGGCCACCACCAGUGGUGGCCAAUCAGGAUCGGAAGGAGCUGGUGCGUCCAGCGCCCAGAAGACUCAGCAGCAGCAGCUGUCGCCGCCGCCGCAGCUGAAUGCAAACGAUAUGCGCGAAAUGCGCGACAUCAAGCAGUUGCUGUGGGGAGACAAUGUGCGCGAGGAUGUAUUCCGUCGCUGGUCUCAAGGGUUUGAGUUUAGUGAUGCGGAGCCGUCAGCAUUGGUGCAAAAGCAGGGCGGUCCUUGUGCUGUGAUAGCGCCCGUGCAGGCGUACUUGCUUAAGAUUAUUAUCAUGGAAAUGCCGGGCGUGAAGCUGUCCGAGAUUUCCAGCGAUAAAUGCCAAAACCUGCUUAUUCAGGCCUUGUGCAACAUUUUGAAGAAUUGCCGUGCACCGCGCUACCGCAUCGUCCAUCUUUUGCGCCGCCGUGGAAUUGCUUCAGAGGCUGGUCCAACCAAAGAGCGCUCGCCGCCAUCCGCCUCAUCCCCUUCAGAUGGCGAUGCAGCCGGAUCUGGCUCCGAGGAGGCAGCAGCAGCGGCAGCGGCAGCAGCAGCAGCAGCAGCUGGCGUGGAGCUGGCCGCAGAGGCCACUCCCGCUUCGGUCAAGGACUUGUGCCAAGAGCCCGAUCCCGAAACGAUGGGCGAUCUAUCGCCGGAUGAGUUCCACGAUCGCCUGCACACGCUGCACUUUGACGAUAUAUCCGGCGUGGCCCGCUAUUACAUACAAAACUAUGACCAGCUGGCCCACACAUACGGCGUCCUGCUGUUCAUGUACUCGGUGUUCCUGACCAAAGGAUCGGAGCAGGUUGCGGCCGACAUAUCGGACACAUCGGAGCCGCUGAUACACAGCACUUACGGCUAUGGCGCCCAAUCGCUUAUCAAUCUGAUGCUAACGGGUCGUGCGGUGGCCCAUGUCUGGGAUAACGAGCAGGAUGUCGGUGGACUGAAGUUGCGUGGCAUUUGCGAGCAGAGCGACAUUGGAUUCAUAACGCUAAUGGAGCAGAUGCGGUACUGCACUGUGGGCUCCUUCUUUAAGAAUCCCCGCUACCCUGUCUGGGUGAUGGGCUCUGAUACGCAUUUAACCGUUCUGUUCAGCAACGAAAAGAGGCUGGUCUCACCAGAGACGCCCUCGGAGACGGGCCGUCGCAUUUUCAAGUCAUACGAUCCGGAGGGCAACAACUUCAUAUCGACAACCAUGCUGCGCGAGGUUCUCGCGGAAUUGAAUCUGGUCAGCGAGCCAGCCUAUGUGAGCCUCAUGCAGAAACGUCUUGACCCGGAGAACUUAGGCAUUAUACUGCUGAACGCCUUCAUGGACGAGUUCUUUCCGCUGGAGCGUCGCUCCACGCCGGAUACGUUUGAGCUGCGUCAUUACAACGGCAUACCGGGAUCGAAUGAAAAUAAUAAGGUGCGUUUCUACUGCGGCUCGGCCAUUCUGCUGGAGGGCGACCUUAAGUCGAUCUGCACCUCCAAUCCGAUGGUCACCUGCCUGCAGACCAAGUGGCCGAAUAUAGAGAUCAAUUGGCAUGACACCCAUAUGCCCUCGUUGAAUUGACGGGCCGUCAAGAGCCGUAAGAAGAGCACUUGGAGAAAACGGGAGUAACAACAACACAAGUGGAGAAGGAGAACACACAACCCUCAAUUGUUUUACUUCUAAUUUAUUGAGUUUUGUUUUGUUUUUUUUUUUUUUUUUUUUUGAAAACAACCAUUGCUAGGAAUUAUUAACAAAAUUUAAAAAUGAGGAACCUAAAACCCUAAAACAAAAAACAAAAUAAUGGAAGUAGAAGGCAUGAAGCAGCAGCAAACACUAACAAAUGCUCUUAAGAAGAGGGUGGUGAGGGUGCAGCCAUGAUGCAGGAUCAGAGGAUUUACGCCAAGCGUUGAAUCACACACAAACACCCAUAAAAAUACACACAGACACAUGUAUAUGCAUAGCUGUAUGAAAAAUAAAUAAAAAGUAAAAAAAAGCUGAGAAAGGAACGGAAAAAUGCACGGGAAGACAGAGCAUAUACUUUUUAUAAAAAAAAAAAUCGAAGACAAAAAAAAAAAACAAAAAAUACUAAAACUAAUUUUGAAAAUUAUACGUUUAACUAUGCAUUGCAGAAACUAAACUAAACUGAAACUACAGGCAAAAACACAAAUUAUAUGUAUGUAAUAUGUAUGAAUAAACUAAAAACUAAAUCGGAAAAUCGAACCUCUGUUCGAGUUACAAGGAGUAAAAUGAGAUUUAUGAGAAGCAAAAACUAGAGGCAAGCGAAAGAGCAUGAAUGAGAAAUGUAAGCAACAAUUUGUUUUAGCCUUUUAACAGAUUAAUUGUAGUCUUAAACCAUUUAAAGGGAUUUAAUAAACACACAAGUACACACAAAUCCAUAAUAGAGCGAAGCGAAGGCAAAUUAUUUAUGGACAGGAAGAGUACGAUUACUUCAACAUUAAAAGCAAAAGCAACUAAAUAUAAUUACCAAGAGAUUAAUUCAAUUCAAAACAAACAAAAUCUCAUUGAAAUGUUGAGCAUUUUUUGCGAGAGUAGUUAACAAAAGACCCUUAAAUAACAAGAUGCAUAACGGCCAUAUGUUACAUUUUGAUUGCCUUCGCUAGCACAAAGUUGAGAACGUAGAAAGCUAAAAAUAGAAAAUGCUGAUCAAGCAAGUGCGUAUGUGAACGUACAGAUCUAGUGUUUAAGACUGGCGUUACUCAUCUUGUUAUGUUAAGGCGUUUUGGUAGUAAAGUGCCAGAUAUGCUGCAAGUUUUCCCUAUUGAUUUUCCCCAGUUUAGAGUGUUUAAAUAAAAACUACAUGCAUAUAUAGUUCACCUUUAGCCUGAAGGAUUUCUCCCUGUAUUGUGUAGUUAUUAUUAAAAUCGGUGUAUUAAAACAUAAUGCCAAGAUAAGAGCUGAUACGAUAUUGUGUAUAUAUUAUAAAUCCCCGGACUUGAUGGCUUCUCUUUUGUUUUGUUUUGUUUAUUUUUUUUGGAACAAGUUUCGAUCUCACAUGUGAUAACCCAACCAACACCAAACUUGAAUUGAUUCAGUUUAAGAUCGCUGCACCUAAGUAUUAAUACCGAAAUUUGGCCAGAAUGGAUGGAAUGAAUCACCUAAAAAGUUUAUAUUUGAUAGCAGAGCAACCUCCUAAGUUGUCCCUGGCCUGUGUUUCAUCAUAAGUGGCAAUGAAAACCAAUCUUAAAUUUGCCCAAGCUGCUAAUUGAACGAGCAAUUAAUAAAUAGCCUAGCAAUGUAUUUAUUAAAAUAAA